CGCCUCUUAGCGAGAACGGGAUUAUUCAUACAGCGACACAAUUUCUCUGUUUGUUAACUAUGGCUGGCAGUAGAGGGGCUACUUUGCUGCUUCGUUGUGCAGCUCCAAAGCCUUUUAAAGUUUCCUAUUUCAGCACAUCUUCACGUCUUGGGGCACAGAACUAUGAACUGGUGGUCGUUGGCUCUGGAGCUGGUGGUUCGGCCAUUGCCAGCAAGUUUGGGUCUAAACUGGGCAAAGGGAAAGUUGCCGUCAUUGAGCCGUCUGAUGUUCACUACAAUCAAGCCAUGUUUACGCUAAUUGGAGGAGGGCUGAAAAAAAUGGAGAAUUCCGCGAGGCCGAUGUCGUCUGUGAUCCCCGACACCUGUGACUGGUUCAAGGACAAGGCAAUGGAGUUCGAUCCCAAGAACGAUAUUGUAACAACUGCAGCGGGGGAUCAGAUCAAGUACCAGUUUCUAGUCGUUGCCAUGGGUUUGCAGCUGCAUUACGAAUAUAUUAAAGGUUUACCUGAAGCAUUUGACGUUGAUCCCUACUUAGUCACCAACUACUCCCCAAAAUAUGUGUCUCGUACCAUCAAUGGUAUUGAGACAUUUAAGGGCGGCAACGCGGUCUUCACGCUACCCAAUACGCCCAUCAAAUGCGCUGGAGCCCCCCAGAAGAUAAUGUACUUAGCCGAGUCCAAAUGGAAGGCGAGCGGAAUUAAAAACAAGACUAAAUUGAUCUACAAUACGGCACUUGGCGUCAUGUUUAGUGCACCAAAAUACGCCAAGGUACUGGAGCAAAUAUGCAAAGAAAGGGGCAUAGAGGUAAAUUUCAAGAGAAAUUUGGUUGAAGUGCGGCCGGAUAAGAAGGAGGCAGAUUUUAUGAAGCUGGAUACAGGAGAAACGUAUACACUUCCGUAUGAUUUCAUGCACGUCACCCCUCCUAUGACCCCUCCCACAGAGCUCAUGAAUAGCCCAAUAGUGGAUCCAACCGGCUAUGUGAACGUGAAUAAGAACACCCUGCAGCACGUGGUCUACCCGAACAUCUUUGCCAUUGGAGACUGCACCAAUGUUCCAACAUCGAAGACUGCAGCCGCCGCAGCAAGUCAGUGCGGUGUGUUGAGGAGAAAUAUCACAGCGGCAAUGAAUGGAAAAGAAUUAGUACCAAAGUACGACGGAUAUACGUCCUGUCCAUUGGUCACUAGCUACGAAACUUGUGUUAUGGCAGAGUUUGGCUUCGACGGUCAUCCAAUGGAAACAUUCCCAUUCAACCAAGCUAAGGAAAGACGCACGAUGUUACUUACGAAGAAACAUGUUCUUCCUGUAUGUUACAACCUGAUGCUAAAAGGCUGGUGGGAAGGUCCUGCUCCUUUCCGAAAGUUGUUUCACCUCGGAUUGACCAAAUAGACGGAGCCAGGUUGCUAGCGUUGGACAACAAAUAUAUACACAACGGCAGCGUUAUUGUCAUACAGUCUAAAUUGUGUUAAAGGGAUUUUAAGCAGGAUACGGAAUAUGUAACAAACAUUUAAUGCAUAAACGUAUUCCUAACAUAGCGGCUAAAAAUGAAUCUUACAUUAUAUCAUGAGUGAAAAAUUAAAAAUAUGUCUUCCUUUUAAAUGGUUUGUCUAUAAGACAUAUUAGGACACAACCCUUCUAGUAAAAUUUCCUGCCAGAACAUUUGAGUUGAAAAUAGAUGCAGCCAUUUGAUGUGGCUCUAGCUGUUGCAAAAUGAAUGGUCUUUAAAACCUUCAUUAAAGUGGCCUAUACAUAUAUAUUUUGUCGAGGAAGCUAUACACUGCGAGGAGCGAGUGAGAAAACCAGCAUGUCUACAAUGUAGUAACCAUGAAAAAGUGAACACGCACACUCCACCUAACAUGGACACCUUAAACGAAACCAUAAAUUGCAAUAUUUUUUCAUUAUGUCAACUAUACGUACCAUGCAGAUGUCGUUAUUUUUUCUAAAUUGUUCAAGAUUUUUAAUCAUGUCAAAUACAUGGAAUGUGAAUGUUUUCUCGUCUUCUGUGAACAAUUGCCAAUGCUGUCUUGCACACAAUUAUCGCCUCUUGUUUGUUGUUAGUCAUACAAAAUGUUGAAAAUAUAUUCUGAAAAAGUC